AUGACUUUGUUUGCUUAUGAACACUGUAGAUACCUCUUGGAAAAGAAGGAAGUGGAAGUAAACAUCCGAGAUAAAUGGGACAGUACACCUUUAUACUAUGCUUGUUUGUGUGGUCACAUGGAAAUAGUUCAAUAUCUACUAGAGAAUGGUGCUCGUUGUGAGGCAAAAACCUUUGAUGGAGAGCGAUGUAUCUAUGGCGCUCUUACUGAUGAAAUCAGGGAUGUCCUGAAAGGGUACAAGGCUGUAAGUACUGGCUGGAGAAAGCAGGACCAGUACCAAGACUUUCUGUUAAGGGCCUUAGAAGGUGGCUUAUAUGAAGAUAUAGUGUUUGUCAUCCAUGAUGAAAGAUAUGUUGCACAUCGAUGCAUCUUGACCGCACGCUGCCCGUAUUUUGCAACUAUGCUUGAAGGCAAAUGGCAGCAUAAGAGCACAAUACACAUCAAACAUGAAUUGGUAAGACCUCAAGCUUUUCAGGCCAUCCUGAAAUAUAUUUACACAGGAAUUUUUCAAAUCCAUCUUGAUUGUGUGACAGACUGCUUGCACUUUGCCCGUAAAUGCCAGCUUUGCUACUUGCAUGACGAGAUAGAAAACAAGUUGAAGACAGUUUAAAACAUGGAUGUGUUACAUGAAAAGCCAGGAACAGAUGUGAACAUAUUGAGCAUAAAUCCCUCAGAUGAACUCCAACCUUUACAAGAGGAUUUCCAGGUACUCGCUGAUAUGGCGAUGCCACCAGAGGCAAACUGGAUGGAGGUACUUCCCUUCCAGUCCAAUGAAAUUGUGCAACCACCAUUUGCUGAUGUUUGUUUUGAUGUUGAUGGCUGCAGGUUUUACUGUCAUAAGGUAUUUUUCUGUGGACGGAGUGAUUACUUUAAAGGACUGCUGUCUGAUCAUUUUAGCGAGUUGGCUGAAGACGAUGACUGUAUGGUGCCAAAGGUUGCAUUACAUGGGGUGUCUAGUCAAGUGUUCUCUAAUGUUGUCAACUACAUUUACACUAACAAAGUGGAGAUUUCAGAAGAAAACAGCUAUGAUGUAUUGGUAACAGCGGAUAUGUAUCUACUUCCGGGCCUUAAGAGUCUUUGUGCCAAUGAAAUAGGCAGACACCUGACAGAAGCUAAUGUGUUAUCAGUGCUAAGAGUUGCCAGGAUGUUCAACCUGGUCAAACUUGAAGAUCAGUGCAUUGAAUAUAUGGCUAAAAUUGUGGAAAAGAUUGUAACAAAUGAAGAUUUUGCGAACCUUAUCAAGGAAGAUGCUGCAAACGUACACAUGAGGGAGGAGAUCGACUCGAUUCCAAUCGUCGAUGACAUGCGCCACCACAUCAGCUGUAGUGUACAAACUACUAGUGCAAUAGCAGAGGCUCAGGAAAAACUUGACUUGCUAGACAAACUUCUUGAGCAACUCGGACUUUUGUGUUAAACAUUUUAUCUUACAAUUUUUAAUUUUUAAUCUGAAAUUCUAGCACAUGCUAAAGCUGUUUGCUAAAAAGUUUAUUUCCUUUUUAUAUUUGUUUAUACAGUAUUUUAAUUGUCUCUAUUAUUUUAGUAUUUUUACCAUUUAAAAACCAGAGGAUCCACCAAUUCAAGACAGACUCCGAAAAGAGACAACGGAGACAUUUUGGGAUUCAAUGUUUCGAUCUAUUUGAUCAUUUUCAAGAAUACUGACGAGAAAAUCUUACCCAUCCAUAUAUAUUUACAAUAUUUACAAAAGUGUAACAAAAGCAAAUAAAAAACCGACCAAUCAGAUUAAAAUCAAAAUUAAGACUAGGCAAUUACAAUAAGUGAUCUACUUCAUGUAAGACACACAUCAUUUUUAGUUACCUAAUUUUAAUUGGCUAGUUUUAAUUUUGAUUUUAAUCUGAUUGGUCGGUUUUUAUUUGCUUUUGUUAUACUUCUGUAUAAAUAUUGUAAAUAUACUGUAUAUGGAUGGGUGAGAUUUUCUCAUCAGUUCUUAAAAAUGAUCAAAUAGAUCAAAACAUUGAAUCUCAAAAUGUCUCUGUCAUUUUUCGGAGUUACUGCCUUUUUGUUCUAUUUACCAUUUAAUGUAUAAUUGUUAUAAUGUAAAGAUUGUUAGUUUCUGCAUUUAUGCUUAUAGCAUUUUAUUUUUCAAAUUAUUUUUUACUAUCUGUGAAUUUCAUAUUACUUAUUAUAUACAAAAUAUUAUAUUUUAUUUUACAAAUAGUUUUGCACUUGUUAUAAUAUUAUCUAUGAUUGAUAUAAAUGUUACCAUUAGUGUAGAUAAAUUGUUUUUUAAAUCAAACAACAUUCUAAUAUAUUAAUACAAUAUAUAUAAUCGAUAUAUAUUUUUUAAAACAUUUAUUAUCAAU